AUUUUAAGUACAUAUUGCAUAGUUAACUGUUCGUUUUACUUCAAAAUCGGUGCAUGUCGACAUGGCGAUAAGUGUUCACGAAUUCACAAUCGUCCGACAUUCAGUCAGACAAUUCUGCUGCAGAACCUGUAUCAGAACCCGAAAAUGGACAUUCACCGAUCCGAAGCAGCUUUGCUAUCCGAUGUCGGCGUUACGGACGCCCAGGAGCAGCAGCAUUUCGACGAGUUUUUCGAGGAAAUCUUUACCGAGAUUGAGGACAAGUACGGAGAGAUCGAAGAAAUGAAUGUUUGUGAUAAUAUCGGCGAGCACAUGAUCGGAAACGUUUACAUAAAGUUCAAACGCGAGGAAGACGCAGAAAAGGCGGUGAAGGACCUGAAUACGCGCUGGUUCGGCGGCAUGCCGAUUUAUGCAGAACUCUCCCCGGUGACGGAUUUUCGCGAGGCAUGCUGUCGCCAGUACGAAAUGGGGGAGUGCAUGAGAGGCGGAUUCUGCAACUUCAUGCAUCUGAAACCAAUCAGUUACGAACUGAAGCGUGAGUUAUUUAACCGUGACCAUCCGUGGCGCCACCGACGACAUAGAAAGCGAAAGAAAAAGAAAAAACCGAAGGAUUACUGCUCACCUAUUUUGGCUGGUGAAAAAAAUUUUAGACCGGAUCGAUUCGAGCGACGGAAGUCACGUAGUCGCAGCAGGGAUCGCGAUCGUCGUGGAAGGUAUUAG